AUGCGCGCAAUCGGCAUCAAAAAUGGCUCCGGCGAUGCCGACGCCCUCUUCAUCGACCAAAUCCCCACCCCCACCCCAGGCCCCUCACAGGCACUCGUCAAAAUCAACGCUUUCGGCCUAAACCGCAUGGACCUGCUACAGCGCGAAGGCAAAUACCCCGUCCCGCCUCAAGCUCCGCCAACCCUGGGCGUGGAAUUCUCCGGCACAAUCGCCGAGCUAGGCGGGGGCGCAACCGAGGAUUUCAAGGUCGGCGAUGAGGUCUUUGGGCUUGCGUAUGGCGGGGCUUAUGCGGAGUAUAUCUCUGUUGCGACGGGGAUGCUUAUCCAUAAGCCUAAGGAGUUGUCGUGGGAGGAGGCUGCGGGGAUUCCAGAGACAUGGAUAACAGCAACCCAAGCCCUACACCUGGUGGGUGCCUUCAAGCCCGGAAACAGCGUGCUCUGGCACGCCGGCGCCUCCUCCGUCUCCAUCGCCGGGAUCCAACUCGCCAAGGCGGCCGGUGCAUCCGCAAUCUACGUGACCGCGGGCUCAGACGAGAAAAUCGCCUUUUGCGUGGACAAGCUGGGCGCGACGGCGGGGUUCAAUUACCGCACGCAGGACUGGGCGGAGGAAUUGAGUAAGGCUACGAAUGGGCGUGGCGUCGAUGUUAUCGUGGAUUAUAUCGGGGCGGGGUAUUUCCAGGAUAACCUGAAGGCUGCGGCGCUGGAUGGGCGGAUUGUGAAUUUGGCGUUUUUGGGGGGUGUUAAGGUUGAGGGGCCGGUGGAUAUUUCGUAUUUCCUGAGGAAGAGGGUGAGGUUUGAGGGGAGUACGUUGAGGAGUCGCGAUGAGGGGUAUCAGAGGAAGUUGAGGGAUAUGGUGGUUGAGAAUGCGCUGGAGAAGUUGCGGAGUGGGGAGUUCAAGGUCUUUGUUGAGAAGGUGUUCAAGUUUGAGGAUGUGGUUGCAGCGCAUAAGUUGAUGGAGAGUAAUCAGACCAAGGGGAAGAUUAUUUGUACUAUCUAG